UCUCAACGUCCACUACAGUCUGCCCUGUACCUGUACUACCAAUAUACAAGGCGCGCCCUAGUCCACACACAGACUUAACCAUCCGUCUAGCACCGUGAACUGAGUAGGGUACUGUGGGGCCCGCAACCCAAACUGCCCGGUCUUACUGGACAGACCCCUAUAGCUAAUGCUUGCCAUAGGACAUGAAAUCAGAAGCGUCCCUCCCUCAUGCAAGAUGCAACUCGCUUUCUCCCACUCUCAUCACUUCCCAGUUUUUCCAUUUGUUUAUCCAUUAUUAUAAUUAUUAUUCAACUUUGACGCUGAUACUUCUUCGAUUCUCCUCCCAAUUUCCCAAAAGGCCAAACCACCAUAUUAUUGCAUUGUGCUCAACUUCGCAUAUAUACAAGUAACGCUAUCUGCAGAAACAGAAACAACGAAACAAGGAACCAACAUCACCAUUAAUUAAAGAUGGUAAGCUCCAGUUGCUGCCAGAUUCUCACCAUUUGCUUUAUGAUUUUCCUUUUGUGCUCAGCCUGCGGCGGAUACAGUGACCUUCACGCACUGUUGAAACUCAAGUCCGCCAUGAUUGGACCCAAAGGUUCAGGCCUCGAGGACUGGAACACUUCGUCGUUGUCUCCCUCAUCUCACUGUUCCUUCUCCGGAGUUUCGUGCGACCGCGACUUCCGAGUGGUUGCUCUCAACGUCUCCAAUCAGCCUCUAUUAGGCACUCUUCCUCCGGAGAUUGGGCUCCUCAACAAGCUCGUCAACCUCACAAUCGCCGGAGACAACAUCACAGGGAGGCUUCCAAUGCAGAUGGCCAACCUCACCGCUCUCAGGCACUUGAACAUCUCCAACAACGUCUUCAGGGGCAGAUUCCCCGGCAAUAUCACGCUCCAAAUGACGGAGCUCCAAGUUCUCGACGCCUACAACAACAACUUCACGGGCACACUUCCUCUGGAGAUCGUCAAUCUCAAAAACCUCAAACAUCUCCAACUAGGCGGGAACUACUUCACCGGCAACAUCCCCGAGACUUACUCGGAGAUGCAGAGCUUGGAGCAUUUAGGCCUUAACGGCAACUGGCUCACCGGAAAGUUCCCGGCGAGCUUGGCUCGUUUGAAAAAUCUCAAGGAAAUGUACGUCGGCUACUAUAACAGUUACGACGGCGGAAUUCCGCCGGAGUUGGGAUCGUUGAGCUCUCUGCAGGUCCUCGACAUGGCCAGCUGUAACCUCAGCGGCACCAUACCCACCAAUCUCAGCCUUUUGAAGAAUUUGAACUCUCUGUUUUUACAGGUCAAUCGUCUCAGCGGCGGCAUACCUCCGGAACUAUCUGGCUUGGUCAGCCUCAUGUCUUUGGAUCUCUCCAUCAACGAUCUCACCGGAGAGAUACCCCAGAGCUUCUCAGAGCUCAAGAACAUCACGCUUAUCAAUUUGUACAAGAACAAUCUCUACGGCCCAAUUCCCAGGUUCGUCGGUGAUUUUCCUCAUCUGGAGGUGCUUCAGGUUUGGGAGAACAACUUCACGUUCGAGCUGCCGGAGAAUCUCGGCCGGAACGGAAGGCUCAAGGACCUCGAUAUCACCGGAAACCACAUCACCGGGUUGAUUCCUCGGGAUUUGUGCAAAGGAGGGCAGUUGAAGACGGCGAUUCUGAUGGAUAACCACUUCUUCGGGCCCAUUCCUGAGGAACUCGGCCGGUGCAAAUCGCUCGUCAAAAUUCGAAUGAUGAAAAACACUCUCUUUGAUCUGGAGUCGUUGUCGAAGAUCAAUAUCAGCGACAACAACCUCAGCGGUGAAAUUCCGGCUUCAAUUUCUCAGUGUUCCUCUCUAGCCUUCGCUGAUCUUAGUCGAAACAAUCUGAUUGGGGAAAUUCCGAGAGGCAUCUACAAGCUGAGAGUCCUGAGCAUUCUCAAUUUGUCUAGCAACCAAUUCACGGGCGAAAUUCCCAAUGAAAUUCGCAACAUGACCAGCCUCACAACGCUCGAUCUCUCCGAUAACAACUUCAUCGGCAAAAUCCCAACUGGCGGUCAGUUUAUGGUCUUCAACGACACGUCGUUUGCUGGAAACCCGUAUCUCUGUUCCCCGCAGCGCCACGUCCAGUGCCCGUCGUUUCCACACCACAAGGCGUUUGGUUCGUCCAGGAUCGCUCUUGUCGUAAUUGGACUCGCUACGGUUCUGCUAUUCUUGUUUAUCACCGUGUAUAGAAUGAGAAGGAGAGAGAUGCAGAAAUCUAGGGCUUGGAGGCUCACCGCCUUCCAACGGCUCGAUUUCAAAGCAGAGGACGUGCUGGAGUGUUUGAAGGAAGAGAACAUCAUAGGCAAAGGCGGUGCUGGGAUUGUGUACCGCGGGUCCAUGCCAGACGGCGUUGACGUGGCAAUCAAACGGCUAGUGGGGCGGGGCACCGGACGUAACUGUAACGAUCACGGUUUUUCGGCGGAAAUAAAAACGCUGGGACGAAUCAGGCACCGAAAUAUCGUGAGGCUGUUGGGGUACGUGUCGAACAAGGACACGAAUUUGCUGUUGUACGAGUACAUGCCAAAUGGGAGCCUGGGGGAGCUGUUGCAUGGGUCAAAGGGAGGGCAUUUGCAGUGGGAGAGGAGGUACAGGAUAGCUGUGGAGGCAGCCAAGGGAUUGUGUUACCUCCACCAUGACUGCUCACCUCUGAUUAUACACAGGGAUGUCAAGUCCAAUAACAUCUUGCUGGACUCUGACUUGGAGGCCCAUGUUGCCGAUUUUGGGCUCGCUAAGUUCUUGCAAGAUGCUGGUGCUUCCGAGUGCAUGUCUUCGAUUGCUGGUUCCUAUGGCUACAUAGCCCCAGAGUACGCUUACACACUGAAGGUGGACGAGAAAAGUGACGUGUAUAGCUUCGGUGUGGUUCUGCUGGAGCUAAUAGCCGGGAGGAAGCCGGUGGGUGAAUUCGGAGACGGGGUGGACAUAGUAAGGUGGGUGAGGAAAACAACAUCAGAACUGUCUCAGCCGUCGGAUGCCGCAUCAGUACUGGCAGUGGUGGAUGCAAGGCUGUGUGGGUACCCACUGGCAGGGGUGAUACACUUGUUCAAGAUUGCCAUGAUGUGCGUGGAGGAUGAGAGCUCCGCAAGACCUACAAUGAGGGAAGUGGUUCACAUGCUCACUAAUCCUCCACGCUCUGCUCCAAGCCUUCCCAACCUUUAGCGCCUAUAAUAUUUUUGAGUAAAUAAAAUCGCAGCAUCCCCACCAAGUUCAAAUAAUUUUGUGCCAAGAGUUUGUGAGUGAGUGCAUAACAAAGUAGUUGCCUUGCCAAUGCCAUUGCCACGGUAUGGUAGGAGAAGGGUUCAAAUAUAUUAUUGCUUUUCACUGAAACUGAUCCAUUUUCCUUUUGUCACUGUAAAUAUAUGUCUCGUCCUUUCUUCUUCUUCUUGUAACUUUAUAGUGCAAUGUAAUAUGAUGCGUUGGUUCUUCUUGUAACUUGUAAUGACUCUUGAAGAAUAUAAUAAAUCAUGUUGGGCUAUUACUUUGGC